CCUUAUGUAUAGAUACAUAGGUAAACUUCUCAUGAUAAUGUAAAUAGAGUUACUGUUUUCACCGUACGUUGACCCUAAACCGAACAACAUUGUUUCUGCUCCACCGUCUGUAAUUAGCAACUUUUUUCUGCUCCACUGUCUAUUCUGGCCUUCUCUCCAUAGGGAGGCCAUUGGUUUCAUUCACUUCCUCGCAUUCAAACCCAAAUUACGAAUCCAUUUUAAUUUCUUCUUCAUGGCUUUCCUCAAAUUGGUUUUCCUGAUUUUCAUUCUCCAUUCAUUUAUGCCAAUACCCAUUUCUUCAACCCCUUCACUAAACAAGGAAGUAUUCGCUCAAAUCCGACCCGACUUCCUUGAUUUUGCAAAGAAACCAGAGAUUAUGGAUUGGAUGGUUGGUAUUAGAAGAAAAAUACACGAGAAUCCCGAGCUUGGUUAUGAAGAGUUUGAGACUAGUAAGCUUAUAAGAGCCGAGCUUGAUCUGAUGGGGAUCCCUUACAAAUACCCAGUUGCUGUUACUGGUGUUGUUGGCUAUAUUGGCACUGGCAAGCCUCCUUUUGUCGCACUUAGAGCAGAUAUGGAUGCUCUUGCCAUGGAGGAGCUGGUAGAGUGGGAACAUAAGAGUAAGGUUCCUGGAAAGAUGCAUGCUUGUGGACAUGAUGCUCAUGUUGCUAUGCUUCUUGGUGCUGCAAAGAUGCUUCAAGAACAUCGAAAUGACUUACAGGGAACAGUUGUUCUUAUUUUUCAACCGGCUGAAGAAGGGGGUGGGGGAGCCAAAAAAAUGUUAGAUGCUGGGGCAGUAGAUAACGUUGAUGCCAUCUUUGCACUCCAUGUAUCUAUUAAAUUCCCGAUUGGUGUUGUAGCGUCCCGUCCUGGCCCGAUUUUAGCUGCAACCAGUUUCUUUGAAGCUGUAAUAAAUGGAAAGGGGGGACAUGCCGCACUUCCUCAGCAUACAGUAGACCCAAUUUUAGCUGCUUCCAAUGUGAUUGUUAGUUUGCAACAUCUAGUUUCACGUGAAGCUGAUCCCUUGGAUUCUCAGGUGGUUAGCAUUGGAAAAUUCCAAGGAGGUGGUGCAUUUAACGUCAUUCCAGAUUCUGUUACCAUCGGUGGCACUUUUAGGGCAUUUUCGACAGAAACCUUUGUUCAACUUAAACAAAGGAUCGAGGAGGUUAUUACGAAGCAAGCAAUUGUACAGAGAUGCAAUACUAAAGUCAUAUUCCAUGAAAGUUCCUCUUACCCUGUGUGCUUCAACAACAAAGAGUUGCAUGAGCAUUUCAGAAAGGUUGCAGUGGAAAUGUUGGGCGUGCAUAAUGUGGUAGAAGCAGUAGCUAAUAUGGGAGGAGAGGACUUUGCAUUCUUUUCGGAGGUGAUUCCAGGACUUUUCUUCUUUCUUGGAAUGAAGAACGAAACUCAAGGACCACUUCAAUCAGGGCACUCACCCUACUAUACGGUUAAUGAAGAUGUAUUUCCAUAUGGUGCAGCUCUUCAUGCAUCAUUGGCAACAACUUACCUCUCGGAAAAUCCACCCAAACAUACUUCACCACCGGAAGGAAGUUUUCAUGAUGAACUCUGAGUGAUAAACUUCUGCGAUGUCAUGCACAUAUCUACUUGUAUGGCUCAUACAAACUGUUUUGAAUUUAUAUGUGGAUGGAGCAUACCGUUCGAAACUCAUAAUGCUUCAUUCAACAAUGUUGUCCUGUGACUCCUGUCAGUAUUUGUUAUGGAUAAAUGAAGGCAUUAAGUUAGGAAAAUGCCAAUAUUUUUAAA